AGAAUAUAAGUGAGGCAAAUGGAUGCAGAGUGCAUUCUCUCCUCGACAGUUGAACCGAACCGGUGUCGGAUACAUAUCGUCAUUUAAUUUAAUUUGCGUGUUAAAGAAAUAAAAUCAAGUUAAAAUGGCUGCCAUUAUCAAACCGAAAACUCCUGGUGUGUACCCGAUUCCUUUCGGCCUUUACCCUGGCCGCAUCAUCAGGGUGACGGGCAGCGUCCCAUCUUGCGCCACCAGGUUCCAUUUCAACUUCCAAUGCGGUCCGAAGAUGUUCCCUGGCGAAGACAUCGCCUUCCACUUCAAUCCUCGCUUCAGCCAGAAAUGUGUGGUGCGCAACCACUAUGAGUGCUCCAAGUGGGGGGUUGAGGAGAUCAGCGAUACUUUGCCCAUCACUGCAGGAGAUAGCUUCGAAGCUCUCAUACACAUUUAUUAUUACUUAUUCAAGGUGGAGGUAAAUGGGAAGGUUGUCUGCGAGUUCAAGCACCGCAUUCCGUAUCGCAAGGUGACACACAUGGGCAUUGAGGGUGACGUCACGGUAGACGAGAUCGACUUCGCUGGAGGCAACCCCCCACAGGACUCCAACCUGAUUAUCCCUUGUGUACUCCCUAUUCCAAAGGGUAUGCAUCCUGGCCGCAGGGUCAGAGUCAGGGGAGUGACCCCUCCUGGGAGUAGCAGGUUCUCGAUAAACCUCCAAUGUGGUCCGAAAAUGCUUACUGAAGAAGACAUAGCCUUCCAUUUCAACCCUCGCUUCCCGGAGAAGAAAAUUGUCCGCAACCACUACGCCGCAUCGAAAUGGGGCAAUGAGGAGACUGAAGGAGAAUUGCCACUAAACAGUGGGGAAUCCUUCGAAGUAUUUAUGCAUUGUUACACAGAUACCUACAAGGUGUCGCUGAACGGGAAGCAUAUCUGCGACUUCGCCCACCGCAUCUCCGUUGACAAAGUGACCCACGUGAUGGUGGAAGGUGAUGUCAUGGUGUUCCAGAUCGACUUCGAUCCCUGUGAGGGAGCGGCUGCGCCGCUGCAGUUCAACUAACGAGGAACCAAAGAUCCCUAUACAACACAGAAGAGAUGCUGGCAAUCUACUUUACACAUAAUAAUUACAAUAUUACAUUAUUAUAUAACUCCCGCAGUCCCCCUUUAUAUAUAACCAUAUACUUAGGUACUUUUGAAACGUCAACAAAGAAAGAAAUAAACAAUUGUCUGUCAGUCUAUCCGUCAGUGAAGCUAGGUGCUCGUUCCAAAGUGUAGCUUCGAAUGGAGAAGAACGAGCAAGAAAUUACUGUUUCGGGUCUGGGUGUCAUGUGUAUGUGAAAUUGUAUGUUUGUAAACGCACCCACGACACAGGAGGAAAUGUGAGAGGGAAUAUUAAAAAAGACACUGGUACUAGCAAAGGGUUUUAUAAUAAUGUAAUAAAAAAAAGGUUUUAAAAAAAGCAACUGUAAUAUUCUUAUUAUUUAUUUUAAAACUGUUGUAAUAAUUUAUUGUCUAUAUAUUUUUUAUCUGUUUAUGUUAUUAAAAAUAUUUUAUGUUUCAUUAA